CCAGCAAAAAGGAAAUUUUCAGUGGCUUGUUUAUACAUCGUAAUUUAGUGGAAACGAAUUUGGUAGUUUUAGAAACGAUGGAAGACGACGAAGAAAUGAAACGUAUCGCGAUCCAGACCACGUUCUCAGCGUACGCCGCCAAACAGGUGGAGUUAGCAAAGCAAUACGAAACGAACCGCAAGAAACGCUGCAAGAUCUUCCUGCAGCGCCUACGCUACCAGCUGAAGCGCAACGGCGAACAGCAUCAGAAGGAGUGGAGCGAAAUCCUGCAGGAGCAGCUGCUGGACAGUGUACCGACGCGGAAGUUUUGGAAACUGAACCGAAGCGACCAGUGGUACCGGAACCUGUUCGAGGGCGAGGAGGACAAUGCGGAUCAACUGUUUGAGAACUUCCGGUUAGAUCGGCCCACGUACGACAUGCUGGUCGAGGCGCUGAACCCUGAUAUGGCUCCGCAUCCGUUGCUCAUUUCGCAAUCCUGCAGCACGGAGAAGAAGGUGGCCGUUGCGCUGUACAAGCUGAUUAGCGGAUCCGAUUACGCAUCGGUCGGCGACCAGUUCGGGGUGCACAAGGCCACGGUGAAAAACUGCUUGUUUCAAUUCUGCAAGGCCUUGGUGAAGAAUUUCAUGGACGCGGAGAUUGCUUUGCCGCUCACCGAUGAAGCGAUGGAAAUAAGCAGUGCAUUCGAGGAGAAGUGUGAUCUACCCAUGGUCAUGGGUGCCCUGGGCCUUUUGCACAUUCCCAUCACGCCUUCCGGGGCCGAGUCGAAGAAUUAUCUUAACUCCAAAAAGUGGGCUUCCAUUACUCUGCAAGCUGUGGUGGAUCAUAACCAUCUUUUUAGGCACAUUACCUGUGGACAUACUGGUUGUACCGAAGAAUCGGCCGUGUUAACCGAUUCCGGGUUGUAUCAACACUUUGAGAAUGCUGAAAUGCCCGCUCAGAUGAUAAAUGGCAAUCCGGUGCAGGGAUACAUUGUGACGGAACCGACGUAUCCGUUGCUGCCCUGGUUGAUACAUGACUAUACCCCUCUGAACAACCCAAUUACAACCGAGGAGCAAACGUUCAAUGAUCAUCUCGCCAAGGCUAAGGCAGCAGUGCACCAAGCGUUUACAAGGUUGAGAGCACGCUUCGGGAUUCUGCAGCGCAAGAUAGACAUCGAUAUCAACUUUGUGCCACAGAUCCUGCUCACUUGUUGCAUACUGCACAAUAUCUUGGAAAAGCGAAAGAUGAAAUUCGAAGACGAGUGGAUAGAACAGAUGACGGCCGCGGAUCAAAAGUAUCCUCAACCGGACGGUUCCAUAGUGACCAACUACACGACUUCGGUCGAGGGUGAAACCGUGCGGGACCAGCUGAAGGACCACGUUCAGUCAAAGUACAUGCUCUUUCGCUCUAUCGACUACAGCCAGGUGUACUUCAUCAAUGAUCCGAACCACUGAGCUGCUGGUGAAUGCUGCCCUCUUCUCUUUUUAAAUACAUUAAAUACAUAAAUUUUACACCGGAUCCAAGCCGAAUAGUUAAACUAGUUUUUCAAAUAAACACACACUUACCGAUCAACCUGCAUAAACGCA